AAACUAAUCAGAUGCGAGUAUACAUUACACAGUAGCGGGUAUAUUAGAGCUGCACUCUGCCCGGGAACCCUGAACUGGCCGGGCCACUCAAAGCAUCACUUGGCACCAAUCUCGACCAUCAGCUAAACCAAGGAGCACAACCUCGCCCCUCCACCCAUCCCAAGCAGCCGACCUCCAUCCAUCAGACGACAUGCAGCCGAAAGUGUUGCUAGUUCUGGUCAUCGUCGUGAUGUUGUUGUGCCAUGAAGCAGCAGGAGAACGACGCAAGGCUCGUAUAAGACUGAAGUUUGGGCUCACAGACCGGGACCUUGCCGACCUGAAGCACGUUGACCGGGACCUUGGCGACCUGAAGCACGUUGACCGGGACCUUGGCGACCUGAAGCACGUUGACCGGGACCUUGACGACCUGAAGCACGUUGACCGGGACCUUGGCGACCUGAAGCACGUUGACCGGGACCUUGGCGACCUGAAGCACGUUGACCGGGACCUUGGCGACCUGAAGCACGUUGACCCCGACUUUGGCGACCUGAAGCACGUUGACCCCGACUUUGGCGACCUGGCGCGCAGAAACACAGAUGAUGGGCAAAUGAUGGAGGUAGACUCUGACCUAAAACACGGCGACAAGCGUUCCUACCCUGAUGACGAGGACGUCCUGUAGUUGCUGAUGACGAGGACGUCCUGUAGUUGCUGAUGACGAGGACGUCCUGUAGUUGCUGAUGACAGGAACGACGGGAGUAGCUACUUCUGCAAUUUGUCAAAAAUCCGAAUUAUAAUAAAUCAGCCCCCGAA